GACGGCCACCGAAGAGGACGCGGAAAGGCAAAAAGCGCGUGCCGCUCUACCCCAGAGUUUCGGCGACUUCCGGGGACGCUCUUUCUUUCUUCUCGCUGGAAGGCUGGAGGACCAGCGAGGGGCUGUUUGUGGAGCCGGCGGGCGGGCGGUUUGCUUCUCCUUCCUGCGCUUAUUUGGUGCUGGGAGGCGGGCCGCAGGGUUGCUGUUGGCGCCGCCGCCUCUCUGGGUCUGGCCGACUCACGUGACCGACGCGGGCUCUGAAGCGGUGGGCCGCACCGAGGCGGCGGUGGCUACUGCAGCCCGGGAGGUAGCGGCCUGGCGAGGGACGGGCCGGCUGCCCUCUAGGACGGCCGCGGCGGAGGACAAAAAUGGCGGAGGCUUCGGCAGCCGGGGCGGAUUCGGGCGCCGCUGUAGCCGCCCACCGGUUUUUCUGCCACUUUUGCAAGGGCGAGGUCUGCCCCAAACUACCGGGUCUCACUGUGUUGCCCAUACUGGAAUUCAGUGGCAUGAUCACAGCUCUCUGCAGCCUCGACUUCCCAGACUCAGAUGAUCCUACCACCUUAGCCUCAUGAGUAGCUGGGCCUAGAGGAAUAUAUUUGUCCCAGAUGUGAAUCAGGCUUUAUUGAAGAAGUGACAGAUGAUUCCAGAAUCUAAAGUUGAAGGUCCCUUCCACAACCAGGAAAAACUACACAUUUUACAUUUUUUAGGUGGUGGCGGCAGUCGGAUAGACAAUAGCACAACAACACAUUUUGCAGAGCUUUGGGGCCAUUUGGAUCACACGAUGUUUUUUCAAGAUUUUAGACCAUUUCUAAGUGGCAAUCCACUGGACCAAGAUAAUAGAGCCAAUGAAAGGGGUCACCAGACUCACACUGACUUCUGGGGAGCAAGGCCUCCACGGUUACCAUUGGGUCGGAGAUACAGAUCUCGAGGAAGUUCUCGUCCUGACAGAUCUCCAGCUAUUGAAGGAAUACUACAACACAUCUUUGCAGGAUUCUUUGCAAAUUCUGCCAUUCCUGGAUCUCCACACCCUUUUUCCUGGAGCGGGAUGCUGCACUCCAACCCUGGGGACUAUGCCUGGGGUCAGACAGGGCUUGAUGCCAUUGUAACCCAGCUUUUAGGACAACUGGAAAACACAGGCCCUCCCCCAGCUGACAAGGAAAAGAUCACAUCUCUUCCAACAGUGACAGUAACUCAGGAACAAGUUGAUAUGGGUUUAGAGUGUCCAGUAUGCAAAGAAGAUUACACAGUUGAAGAGGAAGUCCGGCAGUUACCUUGCAAUCACUUCUUUCACAGCAGUUGUAUUGUGCCAUGGCUGGAACUGCAUGACACAUGUCCUGUAUGUAGGAAGAGCUUAAAUGGUGAGGACUCUACUCGGCAAAGCCAGAGCUCUGAGGCCUCUGCAAGCAACAGAUUUAGCAAUGACAGUCAGUUACAUGACCGAUGGACUUUCUGAAGCUAAAGACCACACCUGAAUCUGGGCUGUGGUAAUCUUACCAUAGCUGUAAAUUGUAUCAAAACAAAAAAUUAGUAGAUGGAUUUAGGAAUCAUGUAAGAAACUCAACACAUAAUAUUAAUGCAAUGAAUGUUUUUCUUCUCUAAAUUUAAAGUUAGUAUCUACAGAUGGAAUUGUGUCUACAACCAAAUGCCUCUUAUCCCUGAAUUCAGAGUGAUAAUUUUAUAAGUGUGAAACUUACUUAUGUAGGGCUCCCCCUACCUGAAUAGAAUUAAUUCCUUAAAGUCUAGUUAGGGUCCUGCUAUCUGUCAUGUUGCCUUGUAAUGGGUGUUUCCACCUCCUUCUCCAACCUCUACCCCACCAUUAGUGUAUUUUACUAUAAAAACAGUGGAACCACGGCCCUAAAGUCCUGCUGAUAUAAAGUCCUUUUGUCUUAAUUGUAUUAAAAAAAAAAAAAAAAACUACUCUUGCUCACAUUAGCUAUGAGGCGAGGUCAAAUUCAGGAAUCUAAGACUAAUGAUUUUGUUUAGUCUUGAUCCCCAGAGAGCAAAUCAAAGAAAAAUUACAGCGAGAAGAGAAAAGUGGUU